AUGAAUUUACUGAAUAAAGCAUUAAAACAAAAACAAGAAUUAGCAUCCAAUGAAAACAAUGAAAAUUAUUCAAAUUAUAUAACUGAUGAAUUCCUCGAUAAUCAUCCGUUAUUACAGUCACUAAUAAAAUGGUAUCGAAUGAAUGAUCUAAAUGAUGUUAAGCAAACAAAUCGAUUUUUAGUAUCAUUUAUGGGCAAUUUAAUAAACAACUUUACACAAUCUCCGAAUAACUUUAGGCAUACUGAAUCAAUUAAAGAUUUUACCAUAUGCUUAUAUGUGCUCGGUGGCAAACAAGUCUAUGAAUUUAUUCGUUUAAAUCUUUAUGGUUCUAUUUCUAAUUUGACAACACUAGGUGAAUUAAUUAAAAAAUCAGAUACUGCUUUUAGUGAAGCAGAAUUUUACUUUGGAUAUCUUCGGCAAUGUCAUUCCCAGUUUGGUUUUUGCUCUGAAAACACCACAGGGAUCAUUCGUAAAGUUGAAUAUGACUCUAAAACAAAUUCCUUUGUCGGAUUUGCAACAUCAAUUGAUCAUAGUGUUCCAUUACCAAAACUCUAUCAAGCUAAUACAUUUAAUGAUUUAAAAACAAUUUAUGAUACAAAUGAAAUAGUACCAUUGUUGAAUGUGCAUAUGUUUCAAAGUAUAGAAUGA